GACAAGAUUCAUCUUCUCUUCCUAUCACAGGAGCUCCUCUGUAGCCCGGGGUCAGAUGCAGCUCCUCUGCUCGCUGCAGUGCUCUGCUCUGCUCUCAGCCUGUGGCGUGUGUGUGUGUGUGUGUGUGUGUGUGUGUGUGUGUAGAGAGAGAUAGAGACAUAACAGGGAAAAGAUGGGUAGAGAGAUGAGAAAGAUGGGGAGCAGGGCAAAGAAGACUAACUGGAGAUUUGAAACUCCUCCUGGUGGAGCUACUGUUGCCCACCUCCCUGUGUUUCUCAGGAUAGAUCAUCAGGCUUUGCCAAUAAACACCUUCACGCAAAGGACCCCUGAACACACCGAGGUGCCUUAACAGAAAGAUCUUUGGCACUGUCACAUCCCUCAAUCACUUGCAUCCAAAAUCCCUUAGUCCCACUCUCAUCACUAACGUCUAACUUCAUUUGUUGCCUUUAUUUUCCACAGAGGCAUCUGCCUUUCCUGCACCAUGCACAAAUGUCAUUAUCUGCAACAGUUUUGCUGUUAGCUAUGUUAUCUCAGCAGCAGCAAUCCCUGUGCUCGUUGAAUUUACAACUCAAACCUGCUAGAGAAACAUACACCGCACGGUGUAAUCUUCGCUUGAUCCUGUCCCCGAGGCUUUUAUCCCCCUGUAAGCACUGUUAUUGUAUGAGGGAUCCAAAGGCUGAGACCAUCUGAAGCCCGCAGUCCCCUUCCAGCUGUUGACAGAGUGUCUAUUAUUCCUGGAGUCCCAGUGCGGGAGGACUUAUGAGCCAGGGAGAAAGGAGGACUUGCAAAUCAAAUUGCUUUAAUCCAUUGAAGCAUCUGUCUUCAUUCUCCAGAGGGCAGCAGGGUGUGUAGCAGAGGAGCUCUGAGCUCUGAUCAGGACCGGAGAGGAAAACAAAACCUGUCGCUGAAGAAUCAUAUGAUGUGCCUUGGUCAGCCAGCUGUGCAGUGCAUGUAGGGUAUGGAUGACAGGACUGUCAAAUUGACAGAUUUUUUUCCCUUCCUUUUAAGUGUCAGAGAUGGAAAGAAGCUUGGUCAAAGUUUCUUAUUAUCUGCAGUCAUUCAUGCUGAUAUUUUUCUGCCUUUUCUUCUGUCUCUCUUGUCCUUCAACAAACAGAUCAAACAGCUUUAAAGUUGUUCUGAAGCAAGAUACAAACAGUACAGUGUCCUCAUUUUUGUCAUCCUGUCUGCAACUACUAGUCUAAGAAACAAAGUUUUUUUCCCCCCUGAUGGGUUCAUUCUGCGAUUGCUGUUUUUAGCCAUAUUCAAACAGAAUGGCUCAUGAUGUCAGCUCGAUUUCUUUUCCCCUCACCCAUAGAGUAAAUGUCUUUGCUUUUGCGCUGUUUGUGAUUAAUGGAACAUCAAAAGCUGAUCUCAGCUCAGUGUGAUACAUUCCUGAGGAUAUGAGUGUGCCAGGGACACAUAAACAUCAUUAAUGAACAAGAGGCAGACUGGAGAGAGACAGAGUGACAGAAAGAGGGUGAGGAAGCAAACAGGAAGGAAAAUGUUUAUUUUUGUCAGUAAUAUGAUGUAUAUUUACCUGUGGUUUUGAUGAUGAUUGCUUCUGCGCAGACACUUUGAGUGAUGGAGAGACAGUUUGCGCCCCAGGAUCUCAUGUGAUUACCUCCCAUCAGUUUGGUGCAGAGGGACAAAUGGGUGGCAGCACCUUUUUUUUUCUAAAUCCAUUUGGAAAAUCACAUUUCCCUUUUGCUCUUUCAUGCCCAGUGGCAAAGAAGUCGGAAGUGUACAAAGAAAACUUCUCUGCUCAUCUAUGUGAAGACAGCUAUAUUUAUCUGGCGUGAAGGAUGUAGAGCCAGAGGGGGGGGCAGGAUGGAGUGCUCCUGGAAGACGGUGCUGCUGCUGGUGUGCGCGUCUCUGGGGGUCCAGUACACGGCCAUCCGUACCCUGAGGGACUCGCUGUCUGGACCCUGUCAGGGAGCCUACCACUGCCAGACCAGACAUCACAGAGACUCCAGGUGGAGGGCAUUGUGCGAUGACAGUUGGAUGCCGGUUGAGUCGCCUCGGAAGCACAUCCUGCUGUUCGCCACCACGCGCAGCGGCUCUUCCUUCACCGGGCAGCUUCUCAACCAGCACCCAGGGAUCUUCUACGUGUUUGAGCCUCUCUACCACGUCCAGCAGGCCUUCACUAACUCCAGCAGCAGGCUGCGGCGGAGCCUGGACCGUCGGGCCCUGCUUGGAGCAUACAGGGACCUCCUCCUCAACCUGUACACCUGCGACCUUCACUUCAUGGAGAAUUACAUCCGUCCGGAGCCCCAGGACCACGUCACAAGUUCCUUCUUCCGUCGAAGCUCCAGCCAUGCCCUCUGUUCCCCUCCUGUGUGUUUGGAGGGAGGGGAUGCGGCGGCCUCUGAUCCACCUGAUGAAACCUGGUGUCCUAAGAAGUGUGGGGCCCUGAACCUCACUUUAGCUUCUGUUUCAUGUCUGUCUAGAGGACAUGUAGCUAUAAAGACUGUGCGGGUCCCUGAGGUGGGAGACCUCCGAACCCUGACCGAAGAUCCGCGUCUGGACCUGAAGAUCAUCCACCUGGUGAGGGACCCCAGGGCCAUCCUCACCUCACGCAUCAUGGCGUUUUCAGAUCAGUUCCGUGCCUGGAAAAUAUGGAACGCAACCGGACGACAGCCUCGAUAUGUGGACCUGUCGCAGAUCACCAGCACCUGCAAGGACAUGGUGGCCUCUGCAGAAACGGGCCUGCAGAGACCGGCGUGGCUGCGGGGACGCUAUUUACUGGUACGCUAUGAGGACCUGGCGUUCAACCCAAAGGAUAAGGCCACUGAGAUCUACAGGUUUGUGGGGCUGGAGAUGGAGCACAGGGUGCGGAUGUGGAUUGCAAAGAACACCAACAGUAACGUGUCGUCUCCGUCCGAGUGGAACUACAGAUACUCGACCACCAGAGACUCCAGAGCGACUGCAGAGAGCUGGAGGCUUCGGCUCGGCUUCGACAUCGUGAGGACUGUGCAAAAUCUGUGUAAUGACACUCUGGCCCUGCUGGGAUACAAGCAGGUUCACUCUGCAGCUGAGCUCAGAAACUUGUCCUAUAGCUUAGUGGAACACAGGACCUUUCAACCAGCCACAUGGUAGAUUUGAUCAAAGUUUAAUGUUAUUUAUUUAUUUAUUUUCUGUUGUCAUAAUGCUGAUAAAAUGAAUGUAAUUUAUCUUAUUUUUCAAGAAUGCCUAAAGUAAUUUAAUAUCACUUGCAUUUUUCACUUUUUAUGGUUUUGUGUCAGGUUUUAAAAGGGCCAAAUUUCAAGCGUGUGUGAAGGCGGAAAAGGUACUGAUCCAGAAUAAAGUCUAUACUGCUGUAUGUCUUGAUUGAAAACUCUGAAUCCUGAUGUGAAUAUGAUCUAUGCUUUUUUUUCAUUAUUCAAUUCUCUCAAAAUUUCAUUGUCUACAGAUUUUAAACACGUAAAAAUAUCACCCCAAAGACUCCAGGAUCCAUUUCAGAGUAAAUUUGACGUCAGACAAAAGCGUGAUGAUCCUGAAGGUGAGACACACAGGAAGUGAAGAGGAUUUAUUUGUUAAUAAAAGGAGGAGAAAUUACAGGGCUUGCCUUCCAAGUGUCUCUAAUGCAUUUUGGAAAAGGAUUAACACGUCACAUGUGGUAGGUAGGAUAUCUUUGCCGGAGCAGUCUCCUGCUCAGCAGCUCUGUUUUCUAUGUGAGGAUGUUGAGAAUAUGGGAAUAUGUGUUUUUUCCUUCACUGUAAAUACUUAAAUACUGUACAUACUCAUUCACUGUCGGAAUGCAAGUGUGCAAAUGUUAUGUACUGGAUGUGUUUGGGCAUAUUUUUUAAACUUUUUAAAAUAAAUAAUUCAUAUGUAAGUAAUACAUAUCUACCACA